AACUAUGCACGGUCCACGCACCCAACACCCGCACUUCUGCCAUUAUAUACACCAUUCCAACAAAGUGAACGCACUCAGUACCUUUUACAAGUCUAUAACAUCGCUAUGGCCAGGACCAAGCAAUCAGCUCGUUCCUUGCUCGACGAUGACACCACUCCUGCAAGAGUACUGCGGACACGACAGAUGCCAAUACCAAAGAAACAGAAGCCAAAGUAUACCUGCAGUUGCAACAGCACUGCCGCUGCCGGUCAACAUAGCUCUCAGUGUUCCGUAAAGCGCUGCGUGGAGCCUCUCGCCUGGAACAUCGAUGCCGACUCCGUUGUGGCACAGACAGAUUGUCCACUUUUUACCACCAUUCCAAAGGAGCUCCGGGAUCUCAUCUAUGAGUACGCGCUUACCGAAAGCACACACAAUCAAUCUGGCCAAGUCGAACCGAGCAUGAGAUCCACGAACUUACGCCGUCGAAGAGAUCAUGAGCAGAGCCAACAACGUGAUCGCGCAGAAAACCUCCUCUUGACCUGUAGGGCCAUCUAUUUGGAAACAUUUUUGCUUCCCAUUCGCCUGAACCCCGUUCAGUUCCCGUACUUCAAUGGAAUAUCCCGUUCCGCGCCAAAGAUCAUGCUUCCUUGGCAGUUUGCAAACAUCCAAUCUCUCGACAUCGCCCUCCAACAGACGGCGCUGGAGGGUGACUCCCUGUACAACUUCCUCUUCAGCCCAACAGGCUGGCAGCCUGAAGCACGACACAAGGGCGUGUACGUAGCGCCAUAUGUCGGCCUCAAGAACACAGCCGGAGGCAGCUGCCGGUCUUGCGACUUCACGCUGCUCCCUGCGGGUUUCGAUGAUGAAAGGCUGCAUCUCAGCGAUGCUCUUGAGGAGUUGCGCUUGCCACCUGGAUUUCAGAAACCAAUGUCUGAUAUGCGCCUACAACGCGCAAGGCCCCUCGUUCAGUUGACACUUCGCUUGUUAAGCAGGAAUUGGUGGACCUGGACCGAUGACCCAAACAGCACGGAUGCUAGGCACCAUCACCUGGGCCUCGAGCCUGCGCUCGGCGAUGGCAGUGCUGAUCUUAGCCAGCGUCCGACCAGUACACGGAUGCAGGAACUAGCACAGCAGAGGCGCGAUGGGUAUAGACCAGUCUCAAGAUCCCCUCUGGCGAAAACGAUGCCGGGUUGGGCGCACGUCAUCGCCAAAUUGCCCGACAUCAAGACCCUUGAGCUGGUCUUGGAGACAUUUGGAGAGAAGAAAGCACAGCUGGAGAAAGUAAUCGAUUGCGCAAAGAUGUGGCGCUUUCCCAUCGCAGACACGCAAUUCGAGUUGGCGUGGGACGGCAAAGUGGAGGAAAAGCGUUGGAGCAAGCCGCUCAUCGAAAACUGGGAAACUCAACGCGGAGAUUGGCACGCUCAAAGCACCGAGUUCGAAGCGCGAACUGUACGUUUCACUCGGCGACGCAUGGCCCCAGGAUCUAUUGAUGAGGACUGCAAGGUCCACUAGUCUUCCAUAUUCACUCCUUACAAUUUCAACAUAACCUUCUCUUCCCUCCCCUUCAGUUUCGGAUGCUGCGUAAUAGCUGGCCUCGUAAGUGAAA